GGCACAGUCCACAUGCAUCCACAGCCCAACACCACUCAGGAUCAUGUUAACCAAAGCCACUUUAGUGCUAUGUCUGCUGCAAGCCAUCUACAUCACUGCUGAUAUAGACAGUGGCUCCUUUUUGAUCUAUAAUGACAACCAUAACAAGUGCAUAAGAGUGGAAAGUGCUACCUCCAUCACGGUUGCCCAGUGCAACCCUCAUGCCAAAGAGCAGCAGUUCCGCUGGGCUUCGGAGUCCCGUGUCCUCAGCCUGUCCCUCAAACUCUGUCUGGCAGCCACUGAAAUCACAGACUGGGUCAAAGUGGUACUCUUUGAGUGUGAUGAGAACAGCGAGCUGCAGCACUGGGAGUGCAAGAAUGACACCUUGUUUGGUCUGAAGAACCAGGACCUGCACUUAAACUGGGGCAACCGUAAUGAGAGGAACAUCAUGGUGUACAAGGGCGCAGGCCUGUGGAGUCGCUGGAAGAUCUACGGCACACGAGGUGACCUCUGCUCCAAGGGUUUUCAAGAGAUCUUCACUCUAGGGGGCAAUGCAUUUGGAGGGCCAUGUCAGUUCCCAUUUAAGUUUGAAUCCACGUGGUAUGCUGAGUGCACAAAGGACGGCCGCAAAGAUGGACAAUUGUGGUGUGCAACUGAGAGGGACUAUGACACGGAUAAGAAAUGGGGCUUUUGUCCAACCAAAGCCACCUCGGGCUGGGACACUGACCCAGUGACUGGAGUGGAGUAUCAGAGGAACGCUCAGGCCGUGCUGACCUGGCACCAGGCCAGGAAGAGCUGCCAGCAGCAGGGAGCUGACCUGCUCAGCAUUGUCGAGCUACACGAGCAGUCCUACAUCUCAGGGUUGACAGCUAUUUUAGGGACUUCACUGUGGAUUGGACUACACAGUUUGGAUUUUGACAGUGGCUGGCAGUGGAGCAAUGGAAACCCAUUUAGAUACCUUAACUGGGCACCAGGCCAUCCAUCUUCAGAGCCUGGGACCAACUGUGCAACCAUGAACACCGGAAAAGCCUCCAAGUGGGAGAGCAGCUCUUGCAACAAGAAACUUGGUUAUAUUUGCAGACGAGGAAACUCUACAGCUCUUCCUGCCCCUCUAAGCAAGGACCAGCCUAGCUUCUGUCCAAACCACUGGGUCCCAUACUCUGGAAACUGUUACUACCUUGACAGGAGUAAAAAGAUGUGGAAGGAUGCUCUGAGUGCCUGUCAUAAAGAUGGAGGCGAUCUGGCCAGCAUAGCCAGUAUAGAAGAGCAGAGCUUCAUUAUCUCGCAAAUGGGAUACUUGCCAACAGAUGUGCUUUGGAUUGGCUUCAAUGACCAGAGAAAUCCAAUGCUAUUUGAAUGGUCAGAUCGCUCCCCUGUCACCUACACAAACUGGCUGAGUGACGAGCCAUCGCAUGCAACAAACCUACAAGAAGACUGUGUGCUCAUCAGAGGGAAGGAUGGAAAAUGGGGGGAUCACAUGUGUGAGAGAACAUUUGGUUACAUCUGCAAAAAGAAAGCAUCCUCUAAACCAGCACAGGGCACACAUGAAGAGACCAACCCAGGAUGCAAGCUUGGCUCUGUUAGAUAUGGUCCAUAUUGUUACAAAAUUGGAGCGGAGACAAAGACAUUUGAAGAUGCACAAACAGCCUGUUCACAGGAAGGAUCCACUUUGGUGGAUGUAGAUGACAGGUAUGAAAGUGCCUUCUUAGUCAGUUUAGUGGGACUGAGACCAGAGAAGUACUUCUGGACAGGACUUUCCAAUAUGGACGAUAAACAUAAUUUCAAAUGGACCACAUCAAGAAAAGUGAAAUUCACUAACUUUAAUGUUGGCAUGCCAGACAGAAAACAAGGAUGCGUUGCUAUGACAACUGGAGUGUUUGCUGGGUUAUGGGAUGUUAUUAGCUGCACCAACAAGGAGAAGUACAUCUGUAAAAGGAAAGCUGAGGGUGUGCCCCCAACCACAGUGCCCCCCACCACUCCCUCUCUGACCUGUGCAUCUGGGUGGACCCCCAUCCCCAAAAGAAACUUCUGCUUUAAAGUUUUUAAGAAGGAAAAGGAUUCAAAAAAGUCUUGGCAAGGAGCAUAUGAUUUCUGUAAAGCCAUUGGUGGAGAUCUUCUAAGUAUUCACAGUGAAGAAGAUCUCAACAAUGCCGGUUUUACGAAGCCAGUUUGGAUCGGCCUGCGUCUCCAAGGAACUACUUUUAAGUGGACAGAUGACUCCCCUUUUGAAUAUGAGAAUUGGGGUUAUGGUGAACCAAACAACCACAAUGACAACGAACACUGCACAGAGAUCAAUUCAUACUAUGGUCGCCCCUGGAAUGACAGGCAUUGUGAUUUCUACAAUGACUGGAUCUGCCAAAUACGCAAAGGGAUACUGCCAAAACCAGAACCUGCUGACAUUGCCCCAGUUUACAACAAAACCGACGAUGGCUGGUUUAUAUACAAUGACACACAGUAUUUUAUCAACAAUAAACUCCAGCCAAUGGAAAGUGCUCGAGCAUUCUGCAAAAAGAGCUUUGGUGAUCUUGCAGUCAUCACAGGAGAGAGUGAGAGGAAGUUCCUUUGGGAAAUUAUUCUGAAGGGCUCAGAGUCACAGUACUACAUCGGCAUGACUGUGAAUUUGGAUAAGUCCUUUAGCUGGGUGGAUGAUACUCCUGUAACAUAUACUGCCUGGGAAAAGAAUGAGCCUAACUUUGCAAACAAUGACGAAAACUGUGUAACUAUAUACAAAAGUAUGGGAUACUGGAAUGAUAUUAAUUGUGGCUUGGAGCUUCCAUCUAUUUGCAAAAGAAGCUCUACCUUCACUAAUACAACAGUAGCUCCGACUGACAUUCCCAAAGGAGGCUGUGCCCCAGAUUGGACAGCGUUUCAGGGAAAGUGCUACAAAGUUGUAACAGGGGAUAACAAAAAGGACUGGCAAGAAGCAAGGACAUAUUGCAAAAAUCAGGGUGGAAAUCUGGUGUCCAUUCUCAACACUAAAGAGCAAGCAUUCAUAACAACCCAGAUGCAUAAAUACACUGAAGACCUCUGGAUUGGUAUGAAUGAUGUCAACUGGGAGAUGCACUUUGUUUGGACGGAUGGAAAAGGCAUUGGAUACACUAACUGGGCCAAAGGACACCCUGCCACUGUCCCAGAUGGACGCUUCUCAUUCUCCUCAGAGACUUAUGACUGUGUAGUUAUAGUGGGAAGCUCCACUAAACAAACUGGUUUAUGGAAAGUAGAGGACUGUGAGUUAAAGAGAGGCUUCAUUUGUAAAAGAAACAUUGAUCCCCAGAUUCAAGUUGGGCCCACUACUGUUCAGCCAAAGUCUUUUUACAAACUUGGCAACGACUCAUACAAACUUGAGACUCAGAAGAUGAAAUGGGAUGAGGCGAGGAGGCAGUGUCAGGCAGAUGAUGCAGACUUGGCCAGUAUUUUGAACCCCGUGACCCAGGCCUACUUGACCUUAAAGAUGUCCAAACACAAUGAGCCUGUGUGGAUUGGCCUUAACAACAACAGGACAGAGGGACGGUUCAAGUGGAUUGAUGGCUGGUUCAUGUCGUACACUAAAUGGGGCACGGAUGAACCCAAAAUGAACUAUGGCUGUGUGUACAUGGACACAGACAAAACCUGGAAGACAGCACCAUGCACCAACAGCUACCAAUCUCUCUGCAAAAAGUCACAAGAUUUAGCUCCAACACAACCACCACAACUUCCUGGAAACUGCCCUGAACCAAAAAAGAAAUGGACUUGGGUGCCUUUUAGGAGCCACUGUUACUUGUUCUUCAGCACCAUGUUGGAUAACUGGGCUCAUGCCUCAGUUGCGUGCCUCAAACUGGGUGGGGCUCUCCUCAGUAUUGAAGACCCUCAGGAGAGUCAGUUCAUCCAACAGAACCUGGAGCUGCUGCAUGAUGGAGCCAAGUGGUUCUGGACUGGCCUCUAUAAGAAUCACGACGGUGAGUGGAUGUGGAUUGAUAACAGUGUAAUGGACUACAGUAACUGGAAGCCUGGGAUGCCUGGUAAAGAGCCAUGUGUUGAAAUCAACUCUGAAACUGGACAGUGGAGCACAACCAGCUGCAGCCGAUACAGAUCCUACAUCUGCAAAACACCCAAAACUAUUAUACCCUCUGAGAAACCUCCAUCUAUAGCCCAUGUGGUAAAGGAGGAGACACACAGCUCAGCAGGCGUCACAGUGGCUGUGGUCCUGGUUGUAAUCGCUGUUGCAGGACUUGGAGCCUUUCUUCUCUUCCGGAGGAGGAUACCCAUGCCUACCGUCCUGGGAGAGAGCCACUUUGACAACAAGCUUUACUUCAACAAUCCCAUCCGCUCUCCAGUGGACACUAAGGGCCUGGUGGCUAAUAUAGAACAGAAUGAACAAGCAUAGAUGCACAUUGCCUGUUUAUACUUUUUAUUUUGUUGCUAUGUUUCAAGAACACUUCAAAUCGCAAAUGAAAAAAGUGUAUCUAUUACCCACUGACUGCAGUGGUUACUGUAAAUGAUGGCCAAAAUGACAAUUUUCCAUCCAUUAUAUAAUCAUUACACAAUAUGAUUGGUUAAAUGAAUACAGGUGAUGAUCAUGAACAAUAAU